AUCCCCCGCCCCGGUAACUUCCCUAGCGAAUAACAAGUACUCAUAAAGUCCCAGUCGCGCAGCCCCUCCCCGCGGGCAGCGCACUAUGCUGCUCGGGUGGGCGUCCCUGCUGCUGUGCGCGUUUCGCCUGCCCCUGGCCACGGCCGGCCCCGCCGCGGCACCUGCCCAGGAUAAAGCCGGGCAGCCUCCGGCUGCUGCAGCGUCUGUCCAGCCCAACCGGCGGCAGGGGGAGGAGGCGCAGGAGCGGGCCGAGCCGCCCGGCCAUCCGCACCCCCUGGCGCCGCAGCACAGAAGCAGCGGGCUCGUGCAGAACAUCGACCAACUCUACUCGGGCGGCGGCAAGGUGGGCUACUUCGUCUACGCGGGCGGCCGGAGGUUCCUCCUGGACCUGGAGCGGGAUGGCUCGGUGGGCGACGCUGGCUUCGUGCCCACAGGGGGUGGGCCGAGCGCGCCCCGGCGCCACCGGGGCCAUUGCUUCUACCGGGGCACCGUGGACGGCAGCCCCCGCUCCCUGGCUGUCUUUGACCUUUGCGGGGGUCUCGAUGGCUUCUUCGCUGUCAAGCACGCGCGCUACACCCUGAAGCCGCUGCUGCGUGGGCCCUGGGCGGAGGCGGAGACCCGGCGCGUGUACGGGGAUGGGUCCGCGCGGAUCCUGCACGUCUACACCCGCGAGAGCUUCAGCUUCGAGGCCCUGCCACCGCGCGCCAGCUGCGAGACCCCCGCGUCCCCGUCGGGGCCCCGAGAGCGUCUCCCUGCACACAGCAGCCCGGCCCACCGCGCAGCACUGACCCUGCAGCUCUCGGACCAGUCCGCUCUCUCGCCGGCUGGGGCCCCAGGACCUCAGACGUGGUGGCGGCGGCGGCGCCGCUCUAUCUCCCGGGCCCGCCAGGUGGAGCUACUCCUGGUGGCUGACGCGUCCAUGGCGCGGAUGUACGGCCGGGGUCUGCAGCAUUACCUGCUAACCCUGGCCUCCAUCGCCAACCGGCUCUACAGCCACGCCAGCAUUGAAAACCACAUCCGCCUGGCCGUGGUAAAGCUGGUAGUGCUGGGCGACAAGGACAAGAGCCUGGAAGUGAGCAAGAACGCGGCUACCACGCUCAAGAACUUUUGCAAGUGGCAGCACCAGCACAACCAGCUGGGAGAUGACCAUGAGGAGCACUAUGACGCGGCCAUCCUGUUUACUCGGGAGGAUUUAUGUGGGCAUCAUUCAUGUGACACCCUGGGAAUGGCAGACGUUGGGACCAUAUGUUCUCCGGAGCGCAGCUGUGCUGUGAUUGAAGAUGAUGGUCUCCAUGCAGCUUUCACUGUGGCUCACGAAAUUGGUCAUCUUCUUGGCCUCUCCCAUGACGAUUCCAAAUUCUGCGAAGAAAAUUUUGGUUCCACAGAAGAUAAGCGCUUAAUGUCUUCCAUCCUAACCAGCAUUGAUGCAUCCAAGCCCUGGUCUAAAUGCACUUCGGCCACCAUCACAGAAUUCCUGGACGAUGGCCAUGGCAACUGUUUGCUGGACCUACCACGAAAGCAGAUCCUGGGCCCUGAAGAACUCCCAGGACAGACCUACGAUGCCACUCAACAGUGCAACCUGACUUUCGGACCCGAGUACUCUGUGUGUCCUGGCAUGGACGUCUGUGCUCGCCUGUGGUGUGCCGUGGUGCGCCAAGGCCAGAUGGUGUGUCUGACCAAGAAGCUUCCUGCUGUGGAAGGGACACCUUGUGGGAAGGGGAGGAUCUGCCUGCAGGGCAAGUGUGUGGACAAAACCAAGAAAAAGUAUUAUUCGACAUCAAGCCAUGGCAACUGGGGGUCCUGGGGGUCCUGGGGCCAGUGUUCUCGCUCAUGUGGGGGAGGAGUACAGUUUGCCUAUCGCCACUGCAAUAACCCUGCCCCCAGAAACAAUGGCCGCUACUGCACAGGGAAGAGAGCCAUCUACCGUUCCUGCAGUGUCACGCCCUGCCCCCCCAAUGGUAAAUCUUUUCGUCAUGAGCAGUGCGAGGCCAAAAAUGGCUAUCAGUCUGAUGCUAAAGGAGUCAAAACCUUCGUGGAGUGGGUUCCCAAAUACGCAGGUGUCCUGCCAGGGGACGUGUGCAAACUGACGUGCAGAGCCAAGGGCACCGGCUACUAUGUGGUGUUUUCUCCAAAGGUGACUGAUGGGACUGAAUGCAGGCCAUACAGUAAUUCUGUCUGCGUCCGGGGGAAGUGUGUACGAACUGGCUGCGAUGGCAUCAUUGGUUCCAAGCUGCAGUAUGACAAGUGUGGAGUGUGCGGAGGAGACAACUCCAGUUGUACAAAGAUUAUUGGAACCUUCAAUAAAAAAAGCAAGGGUUACACUGACGUUGUGAGGAUCCCCGAAGGGGCAACCCACAUAAAAGUUCGACAGUUCAAAGCCAAAGACCAGACUAGAUUCACUGCCUACUUAGCCCUGAAAAGGAAAAACGGUGAGUACCUUAUCAAUGGAAAGUACAUGAUCUCCACAUCAGAGACUAUCAUUGACAUCAACGGAACCGUCAUGAACUACAGUGGCUGGAGCCACAGGGAUGACUUUCUGCACGGGAUGGGCUACUCAGCCACAAAGGAAAUUCUGAUAGUGCAGAUUCUUGCAACAGACCCAACUAAAGCAUUAGAUGUUCGUUACAGUUUUUUUGUUCCCAAGAAGUCCACUCAGAAAGCAAACUCUGUCACCAGCCAUGGCAGCAACAAAGUGGGAUCCCACACUUCACAGCUGCAGUGGGUGACAGGCCCAUGGCUGGCCUGUUCCAGGACCUGUGACAUGGGCUGGCACACCAGGACCGUGCAGUGCCAGGACGGAAACCGGAAGUUAGCGAAAGGAUGUCUUCUCUCUCAGAGGCCUUCUGCGUUUAAGCAAUGUUUGCUAAAGAAGUGUUAGCCUGUGGUUAUGGUCUUCUGCACAAAGAUAACUGGAAGAUUCAUCACUGAUACAGUCACGGUGAACAAAAGGUCUACCUAACGUACAGACAGUCGUGCAUAGGUGUCAUUGUCAACAAGAGUCGAAUUAUGGGCAGAAUCUGCUCUCUGCGACCAAAAGAUGUGCACUGCUUCACAUGACAAUGGUGACCUUGGAAUAAAGAAAAACUUGGGAGUUAUUGAACAUCCCCUGGACCUACAAGAAUGAAAAGAAACACAGAUGAAUGUAGAAUCAGGGGACAUUUGAAGAUAACAUACAGUCUCCCACUUGUCACCUACCUCUUACAGAAUGUCUUUAAAGGCAUCAUAAUCAUUUUCACCCAUGAUACACAGUAGCUUAUUUUUACUGUUUGUAAAUAUAUUCUCCCUUGGUAUGUCACUUUAUAU